AUGAGAAGGGUGGAGGCACAGGUGGCCGAGGCGGAGGCCGAGCAGAGGUGGCGAUUAGAGGCGGCCGAGCUGAAGGGAGGGGAGACGGAACGAUGGUGGCCGACCUGCGAAGAUGAUUCUCUCCGCCGGCGACCCGGAGCGCGCCGCCGAAGAACCCUGGCGUGGCGAUAUCGAUCGGCUGCGGGAGAGGGAGACGACUGCGCUGCUGGAAAUGGAAUGCGAUGUAUGUUUGUAGGGUUUUGGUUUCCAGACGACCAGACCCAUGCUUCUCCUUAUCGCUUUGUCCAGCAGGCCAACACCAAGCAGAACGGCGCCGCUUCCCCUCCUCGUUUGCUCUCCGCGCAGUCCGCAGAAACGGCGACGCAGCGGCCAAAACGGGGCUCAGGCAGAGCAACCCGCUGA